GAACGCCUUGUAAUAUUUGCCUAUCGUUCGCUUAGCAUUUGUCUGUGAUUGUGUAGCCAUUUUUUUAAUCUAAAAUGACCACUGUUAGACCUUUCAGAUGCGAGGAUAUGUUUCAUUUUAGCAAUGUGAACUUAGAUCCAUUGACUGAAACUUAUGGACUAGCAUUCUAUCUUCAAUAUCUAGCACACUGGCCAGAGUACUUUCAAGUAACAGAAUCACCUACAGGACAAAUUAUGGGUUACAUUAUGGGAAAAGCUGAAGGAAGUGUUCAACAAGAAGAAUGGCAUGGUCAUGUAACAGCAGUAACAGUAGCCCCUGAGUAUCGCCGGCUUGGACUGGCUGCAAAACUGAUUUCCAACUUAGAAGAGAUCUCAGAAAAGAAAGAUGCUUUUUUCGUGGACUUAUUUGUGCGCAUGAGUAAUAAUGUUGCUGUAGACAUGUACAAGCAGCUUGGUUAUGUGAUUUAUAGACGUGUCCUUGAGUACUACUCCGGAGACCCAGAUGAGGAUGCUUUUGACAUGCGUAAAGCACUAUCACGUGACAAAGAUCAGAAGUCCAUCAUCCCAUUGAAGGACCCUGUUAGACCUGAAGAUAUUGAAUAAAAUAAUGGACCAACUGCCAGCUGAUAGGUCUUUGGGUUUUGUAGAGGAAUUGAUUGAACUCUUUCUCUUAAAGCGCAUGGACAUUUCAAGAAGUUUCAGGAUGCCUCUUCCCAUGAUUGUUUGCUCCAUUUAUUUGCUAUAACAGUAACUUGUGUAUCGGUUAAGACAAACUUUUAUCUUUUAACCUGUUAGUCUGCAGAACAGGAGUGAUAUUGGCAAGCGAGUGCUCAGUAAAUUAUAACUGCCAUGUUUGAGUUUAACUGCAGUGGAAGGCUGGGAGAAAUAGAGGGCUGGGGGGGGUGGUGAGAAGUAAGAUGAGGGGGGCAAUCUAAAUCACAUGUUUGCCUUCCCCUUCCCCUCACAGUCCACUCUAACUCUGAAUCAAUCAUGGAUGGGGAGAUUAUCAAUCGCAAGCUUGUAACACCAACUUACUCUAGAAUAAGAGACCUGCAUUGCAGGAUUUUUACCUGCAAGCGUCAUGUAAUCAAUACACUUGAUAAAAACUGUUGACAACAAAUGUCACUCCUAUCAGUCAUAGGGUGUCAUCCUGAUAUAACAGCAAAUUCUCCUGACUGAUGUACUGAGAAAUGUAUAAAAGCUUGUAGGGAGAGUUAAAAUCAGAUGAAAAUAGUUGGGCUUGAUCAUCUCUCCCUAAGGGUGACUAACAUCUGAAUAAUUUCUCCUUACAAUAUCUCCCCCACAUCACUUAUUUAGGUCAUGAGAAUAAAGGAUAUGAUCACCAACUAAA